GUUGCUUAUCAGAAGGUUUCUUGCCAUCCCAAAAUAGUUGAUUGUUUUAAGGCUUCAAUGGCUGGGUGGUCAUUUUGAAAAAUUAAGAACCUUGUUUCUUGGAAGAAAUUUCUUGAUUUUUGUUAGUUUGCUUGUGUAAUUGAGUUCUGUAUUCAUUAAGAACUUCAUUGUCAAUUAAAGCUGAAGAUUACUUUCUCAGAUUUAUAUCAUGUUAAAUACAGGAUUGGGAUGGACAAAGCCCCACUCAAAUUGUCACUGAAACGUGUGGGUUUGUGACUAUUUUUUCUGGGACUUUUCUUCUUCACAAAACGAAGGACAUGGUUGAUGGUGGGUUUCAGUCUUUUUCCUGGAAAUGUUAUAAAAUAUUCUUUUGCUUUCUAGACUAUGAAUUGGCAUUGCUUAAAAAACUGUACUCCAUUUAUGGGUUCGUCAGCAACUCUACCAAUUCGCCUUCCGAAGCACUCUGGAGAGGCUACUUUUGAGUCUGAAGGUAUUCUCGCAGGCAUGUAGACAACAUCAGACCAUCGUAAUUGUAUAUUUUGGUUCAUAUCCUUAAUGUUGGGCACGCGCCAGGGGAGGAUUUGCUGCCUUCGACCUGUACAUUCUCCGCAUAUUAAGAAGUACCCUUCUAUCCCUUUAGAUAGAAAGAUGAUAAGCAGAGAUGACAGAACUUCUCUCCUUUGAAUCAUAUGAUAUGAUGAUGACGCUUCCCGCCACUGAUGCAUACACAUUACAAGUUCCUCCAUUUUUCCCCGCGUGAGGGGUUUCCAGGGUGUUUGUAAUAGUGAGCAGUUUGUUUAGGUUAAAGAAUUACAAAGAAAUGAAGAUAUCCUUGGGUGAUGUGGCUGUGAAAUUUAGAUGGGAUGUUGUGGUGGAAAUGGAGAAGUCUAGCUUUGGGGUUCUUAUAGAAUAAAAUUUUGUCAGCAGUUGCAAAUCACUAUAUCAUUUUAGCGAUGAAAAGGCUGAAUGGUGAGAGACGGCAGAUGAAUGAGAGAUUAAAGAAUAUGAGACCAUUAACUUAGUUCUGGCAUGAACACUCAGUUUACACAGAUUCAUUUCAGCUACAAAUACAAACAGAGUUAAGUUUUCCAACUGCAUAUAUUUAUGUGAGGUCUUUGCUAUCUCUCUGAAAAAUCCAAAUGCUGAUUAGACACUUGAAUUUUUCUAAACCAUUAUCAACCUUUCUUCAAUAUCAAAAGUACCAGUUCCGACUCCUAACCACCACAGAGUCAAAUCAUUCCCACCUCACCAACUCCUCGACCACUUCGCUAGUCAAUCCAGCCCACCUCCUUCGUGUCUGCACUGUCCUUUACCAACAACAACACUCACCUGAGUCACGCCUCCACUCAAGCCUCUCCUCCUGCAACUUCAACCUUACACAUGAAUUCUUCCUCCAAGUUUGCAACAACUUCCCCCUUUCAUGGCGUCCCGUUUACCUCUUCUUUCAAUACACUCAAAAGACUCACCCACACUUUACUCACAACUCAAUCACCUUUAACAAGAUGGUGGACAUAAUAGGUAAAUCAAGAAAUAUUGAUCUGUUUUGGGAAUUUUUACAAGAGAUGGGACGGCGCCGUCUAGUAAAUGAUAAGACUUUUAAGAUUGCACUAAAGACUUUGGCUGAGGUUAGGGAGUUGAAGAAAUGUGUGAACUUUUUCCAUAUGAUGAAUGAUUGUGGAUGUGAGUAUAGUUUGGAGAGGUUAAAUAAGGUGGUGGAGACUUUGUGUUCAUGUAAACUUGUCGUUGAGUCCAAGUAUUUGGUUCUGAAGUUGAAUGAAUGGAUUAAGCCAAACGAGAUUACUUAUGGAUGGUUGAUUAAAGGGUUUUGUGAUGUGGGUGACUUGAUUGAGGCUUCCAAGGUUUGGAACUUGAUGGUUGAUGAAGGGUUUGUGCCAGGUGUUGAUGUGAUUGACAAAAUGAUAGAAACUUUUUUUAAAGUUAAUAAAUAUGACGAGGCCAUGAAGGUUUUUCAGAUGAUGAGAGUCAAGAGAAUGAAUGAGUUGGGGCUUUCAACUUAUAGACUUGUGAUCAAUUGGAUGUGCAAAAGAGGCAAAACUGUUCAAGGUUAUGCAAUGUUUGAGGAAAUGCUCAAGAGAGGGAUUGAACCUGAUAAUUUAACUUUGUCACAUGUUAUUUAUGGCCUUUCGGCAAGGGGCAGAGUUCGAGAGGCUUAUAAAGUUCUUGAAGCUGUUGAAAAACCAGAUAUUAGUGUGUAUCAUGGAUUGAUAAAGGGGCUUUUGAGGUUGAGGAGGGCAAGUGAAGCAACACAAGUGUUUCGAGAGAUGAUAAAGAGAGGGUGUGAGCCUACGAUGCAUACCUAUAUCAUGUUAUUUCAGGGACAUAUGGGGAAGAGAGGGAGGAAAGGAGUAGAUCCACUGGUGAAUUUUGACACCAUUUUUGUUGGAGGUUUAGUGAAAGCAGGGAAGUCAUUAGAAACUACCAAGUAUGUGGAGAGAGUGAUGAAUAGAGGAGUUGAGGUACCUAGAUUUGAUUACAAUAAAUUUUUGCAUUAUUAUUCCAAUGAGGAAGGAGUGACAAUGUUUGAGGAAAUAGAGAAGAAAUUAAGGGAGGUGGGGUUGGUUGAUUUAGCAGAUAUAUUGAAGAGGUAUGGGGAGAAAAUGGCAACUAGAGAGAGGAGAAGAAAUAGAGCAGCUGAGCCACAAAAGAGUCCAUGAAUCCAAUUAUGUAUUAUAAAUUACGAGACAUACCGAUUGCACCACUCAGUUCAUCAUGUUUAUCUUUCAAAAUGAACGAAGCAACGAUGCAAAUACUGAUGGGUUCUUCUAAUAUGUCUUUUUAUAAAGAGCUUCUAUUCAGUUGCUCUCUGAAACUAAUGGUUUUGCAAUUCAUUUUUGUCAUGAUAUGUUAAAACUCCAUAUGCGGAGCUGACCCUGAAAUUACAGAUGACUUGGGUUGCUUCAGAGACAUGUCCAUGAAUGUCUUCUGAGGAUAUCUGGAGCUGAUUGCCUGUGGAAGUUGUUGAUGAUAAAGGAAAACAGGGACCUGAACAAAGGCAUACAAUUUAGUUGUUACUGAAAGGAUUCCAGGUUAAAUUUGUUCUGGUGAUGCAUAGACAGUGAGUCUGCAUCCGAGUAAUGCUAUAUGUAUACGUUUUUUAGUAUAU